CUGCUACCCCCGAGGCCGGGCUCAAAGGAUCCGGGCCGCGCCACCGGGCGAGCUCGCCGCCCGGCCCACCCCGGAGUUACCAAGCGAGCGAGCGAGGCAGCGCCGCGCGAUUUGCUUGUAAAUGCAUCACAAAGAGGCAGCCCAGAAUGAAGAAAGCAAGCAGGAGUGUUGGCUCGGUGCCUAAAGUGUCUGGGAUCAGUAAGACGCAAACGGUAGAGAAAGUCAAGCCGGAGAACAGCUCCUCAGCACCUACAGGAAGCAAACUUGUAAAACCUGGAGCAGCAGCAGCCCUGUCCAAGACCAAGAGCAGUGAUGACCUUUUAGCUGGAAUGGCCGGAGGGGUGACCGUGACUAAUGGUGUUAGAGGAAAGAAAAGCACCUGUCCACCUGCAGCAUCUGCCCCGGCCAUGACCACCGUGGAGAACAAAUCCAAGAGUAGCACAGGCACAAGUUCUUCAACCAAGCGGAGCACUUCUACAGGAAAUAAAGAAUCCAGUUCUGCAAGAGAAAGACUACGUGACCGCACCCGACUAAGCCAGAGCAAGAAAUUGCCUUCUGCCGGUCAGGGAGCUGCUGAGGUGGCGCUGGCCAAGCGUUCCCGCAGCCGCACCGCUGCGGAGUGCGACGUUCGUAUGAGCAAGUCUAAAUCGGACAAUCAGAUCAGUGACAAGGCUGCUUUGGAAGCCAAAGUGAAAGAUCUUCUCACACUGGCAAAAACUAAAGAUGUGGAAAUUUUACAUUUGAGAAAUGAACUCCGAGACAUGCGCGCUCAGCUGGGCAUUAAUGAAGAUCAUUCUGAGGGUGAUGAAAAAUCAGAGGAGAAGGAAACCAUUAUUGCUCACCAGCCCACUGACGUGGAGUCCACUUUACUGCAGUUACAGGAGCAGAACACUGCCAUCCGUGAAGAGCUCAACCAGCUGAAAAACGAAAACAGAAUGUUGAAGGACAGGCUGAAUGCACUGGGCUUUUCCCUCGAGCAGAGGUUGGACAACUCUGAAAAGCUGUUUGGUUAUCAGUCCCUGAGCCCAGAGAUCGCUCCUGGGAACCAGAGCGAUGGAGGAGGGACUCUGACCUCCUCAGUGGAAGGCUCUGCCCCGGGGUCAGUGGAGGAUCUUUUGAGUCAGGAUGAGAAUACGCUCAUGGACCACCAGCACAGUAACUCCAUGGACAAUCUAGACAGCGAGUGCAGUGAGGUCUACCAGCCCCUGACGUCGAGUGACGAUGCGCUGGAUGCCCCAUCGUCUUCGGAGUCGGAAGGCAUCCCCAGCAUGGAGCGCUCUCGCAAGGGGAGCAGUGGGAAUGCUAGUGAGGUGUCUGUGGCAUGCUUGACAGAGCGAAUCCACCAGAUGGAGGAGAACCAACACAGUACAAGUGAGGAGCUGCAGGCCACUCUGCAAGAGUUAGCCGACUUACAGCAGAUCACCCAGGAGCUGAACAGUGAAAAUGAAAGGCUCGGCGAGGAGAAGGUUAUUCUGAUGGAGUCUCUGUGUCAGCAGAGCGAUAAGUUGGAACACUUCAGCCGACAGAUCGAGUAUUUCCGUUCCCUUCUAGAUGAACACCACAUCUCUUAUGUCAUAGAUGAGGAUGUAAAAAGUGGACGCUACAUGGAAUUAGAGCAGCGUUACAUGGACCUGGCUGAGAAUGCCCGUUUUGAGCGAGAGCAGCUCCUGGGUGUCCAGCAGCAUUUAAGCAAUACUUUGAAGAUGGCAGAACAAGACAACAAGGAGGCUCAAGAAAUGAUAGGAGCCCUCAAGGAGCGCAGCCACCACAUGGAGCGGAUUAUUGAGUCCGAGCAGAAGGGCAAGGCGGCUUUGGCGGCCACGCUGGAGGAGUACAAAGCCACAGUGGCCAGCGACCAGAUAGAGGUGAACCGCCUGAAGGCCCAGCUGGAGAACGAAAAGCAGAAGGUGGCCGAGCUGUAUUCCAUCCAUAACUCCGGAGACAAGUCUGACAUUCAGGAUCUCCUGGAGAGUGUUAGGCUGGACAAAGAAAAAGCAGAGACUUUGGCGAGCAGCCUGCAGGAAGAUCUGGCUCACACCCGGAACGAGGCCAAUCGCCUGCAGGACACCAUCGCCAAGGUGGAAGAUGAAUACCGAGCCUUCCAAGAAGAAGCUAAGAAACAGAUUGAAGAUCUGAAUAUGACAUUAGAAAAAUUAAGAUCAGAGCUGGAAGAAAAAGAGACGGAAAGGAGUGACAUGAAGGAAACCAUCUUUGAACUUGAAGAUGAAGUAGAGCAACAUCGGGCUGUGAAGCUUCAUGACAACCUUAUUAUUUCUGAUUUAGAGAAUACGGUUAAAAAGCUCCAGGACCAAAAACAUGAUAUGGAAAGAGAAAUCAAGACACUGCACAGGAGACUCCGGGAAGAAUCUGCGGAAUGGCGGCAGUUUCAGGCUGACCUCCAGACUGCAGUGGUCAUUGCCAAUGACAUUAAAUCCGAAGCCCAGGAAGAGAUUGGUGAUCUGAAGCGCCGGCUCCACGAGGCUCAAGAGAAAAAUGAGAAACUCACGAAAGAGCUGGAGGAAAUCAAGUCACGCAAGCAAGAGGAGGAGCGAGGCCGGGUGUACAACUAUAUGAAUGCUGUGGAGAGAGAUCUGGCAGCCCUGCGGCAGGGAAUGGGGCUGAGUAGAAGGUCCUCUACUUCCUCAGAGCCAACCCCUACAGUGAAAACCCUCAUCAAGUCCUUCGACAGUGCAUCUCAAGUACCAAACCCUGCAGCAGCUGCAAUUCCUCGAACGCCUCUGAGUCCCAGCCCUAUGAAAACCCCUCCAGCAGCAGCUGUGUCCCCCAUGCAGAGACAUUCCAUCAGUGGACCAAUCUCAGCAUCCAAACCCCUGACAGCCCUUUCAGAUAAGAGACCAAACUAUGGGGAGAUCCCUGUUCAAGAGCAUCUGUUAAGGACGUCGUCCACCAGCCGACCUGCCUCGCUGCCCAGAGUACCUGCCAUGGAAAGUGCCAAGACCAUCUCAGUGUCUCGACGAAGUAGUGAAGAAAUGAAACGGGACAUCUCUGCGCCGGAGGGAGCUUCGCCAGCCUCUCUCAUGGCCAUGGGCACCACAUCACCCCAGCUCUCGCUGUCCUCCUCUCCCACAGCGUCUGUGACCCCCACCACCCGCAGCCGGAUAAGGGAAGAAAGGAAGGACCCUCUCUCAGCGUUGGCAAGAGAAUACGGAGGAUCAAAGAGGAACGCCUUGCUGAAGUGGUGUCAGAAGAAGACAGAAGGCUAUCAGAACAUCGACAUCACCAACUUCAGCAGCAGCUGGAACGACGGGCUGGCCUUCUGCGCGCUCCUGCACACCUAUCUUCCGGCCCACAUCCCGUAUCAAGAGCUCAACAGCCAAGAUAAGAAAAGGAACUUCACGCUGGCGUUCCAGGCGGCAGAGAGCGUGGGCAUCAAAUCCACACUGGACAUCAAUGAAAUGGUGCGGACCGAACGGCCGGACUGGCAGAACGUGAUGCUGUACGUUACAGCCAUCUACAAGUACUUUGAGACCUGAGCACGCCAGGAGGACUGCCCGGCGCCGGGGGCCCUGCAGUUACCGAGAGACACCGACACUAUUAGCUACGCACCCCCGAAGCUUUCAGCGACUCUCUGGGCUGCCCGGGCUUCUGCGUCGGGAGACCUUGGGCCGCGCCGCACACCGGGGCUCCCCACGGGGCAUAGGCCAGCCCCGGGGCUCCCUCCACAGAGAGCAUGGAACCAGAGCAGUGCUUGGGGCUGUAACAAGGGCUCGUGCAGGGCUCGACUCGGGGAAGGGCUCACGUUUUGUGGGAAGCCCAAGGGGCGGUGAAAGCUCUAACCACAGCGCCCCCCCCGACCUUUGCCCUGUGCAGGUUCCCGCGUCGCUAGUGAGAGCCGAGGAGGCGAGCCUGCGCGCGGCAGAGGGCUCUGCUGCCCAGUGCUGGGGGGGCGGGCCUCCGCCCAGCACACAGGCCAGCUGUCCUGGGACGUGUCACUGCAGAGGUGGGACAGCCCCCCUCCACGGGACAGGGCCAUCCCAGCCCACGCGGCAUGGGUGUCUCCAGCUCGGAGCUGCCGCGGAGCCAGUCCAAGCUGCUGGGGCUAGGGGCGGGCAGCGGGGCCAGGCCCUUGCGGGUGCCUGGCCCUUCCCACAGCCCGGAACGGGCUUGAGCACCAGCUCUGGCUUUAGUUUUCUGGACAAAGAAUUGGUCGUAGGGAGUUCUCCUGGUUAAAAUCUUUGUUUUCUUAUGAGCAAUAUUGGGAGAAUUAGUUCCUGUCUAUUAGUACCAAAGUUAAAUUGUUUUCAUAAGCAUAGAAAUAAAACCUGGACGUGAGCGCGGUGAGAACGAAGAUGGAGUAGGAAUUAGCAGGAGAAAAAAGCGCACAGCCUUAGGAACCCAGGCCGGUGAUCGCAGCCGCAUCUGAGUCACUGUGCCAUGGUCCCCCAGGCGAGAAUCCGAGAAAGUGCCUUAACCCCUCGGAAGGCCCCUGCCCCGCUCCGCCGCGGGGAGCAAGGCCCAGAGACCUGUGGAGAUGGCUCCGCCGGGACGCCCGUGUUUCGCGUGGGUUUGAGGUCCGCACCCUCUCCUGAGUCCCACCACAGCUGCUUCAGAGCACCUGAGCCCUGGGCCGGGGACCCCGCGCUUCGUGUGGAGCUGGAAAGAAUGGUGUGUGCAGCCUGGAGACGCCAUCCCAGGGGCCCGAAGCGCCCGGCCUGGCCCUGUCCUCCACGGUCAUUCUCUGGCAUUCCUAUCGGUGGUGGCCGGGCCCCUGUGCCCGCGGGAGAAGCAUCGCCGUCGUCGGUGCCUUGGCCCUGCGUUUUUCCGCAUUCCCACUUCUCGGCUCACGGGCCUCAGGGCCCUGCCAGGCACCUGUGUGCGUCCAGGCCCCCACUGCAGCCCACAGCCCCGCCUUUAUUUAUUACUCAUGGGGGUGGGGUGGGG